GCAGGCCUGAUAUCCAGCGUGUAAAUUAAAAGUAACUCACUCUCAUCCACCUUUUAUUUGCAGCACAAACUCACUGACUCACAGUUACUGCUACCAAACUGCCUUUACAAGGCUGUGGGGAUUUAAAGGGCUGUGAAGAAAUUAAUGUUCCUGAAAGCCGAUGAUUUCUGCUCCUGCUGCAUGCUGUUUGUUUUCUCCCAUCACCAGCCAAAAAAGUGGUUUAAGCACCUUUUCAUUUAACUCACCACAGGGCACCUUUAAAGUCUCUUCCUCCACCCCAUUCCUCUUUGUAGGAGUGUUGCAGUGAUUUGAGGGGCCCCUGUGGGUCAUUGGUCCACAUCAGGAGCCCCUCAAACAUCUCAGGCUCAAGCAGCAGCAGCAGCAGCAGCCCUUUCCUCCUCCUCCUCCUCCUCCUCCUCCUCCUCCUCCUCAUCCUCUGCCACAAAAACGCCACACACCAUUCAACCCGACGACUUGGCGGACUGCAGAUCUCUUCAGGAGGAGGGGGGUGGAAAAAAAAAAAGGAAAAACUUUUACCUCAAGAGUCAGAUGGGGUAAAGUCAUCAUUGCAUGUGUGUGGAUUAUCGAUAAGUGCCAUUAGUUGUUUAUAAUAUUCCUGCAAAAAAAAAAAAAAAAAGCGGAGGGGAUGCGCGAAAGACGCCACAGCGGCGAGGAUCGCCCGAUCUGAACCGGAGGAGUCACCGGCAGAUGAUGUCCCAAUGUGAGAGUGCUUCCAGAGGAGACGAAGGAGAGGACGAAGAAGGAUGAAGAAGGAGGGAGAGGGAUCGAGAGCGGCAGAGGUGGAAUAUAAUGAAGUUGAGUGGGAAAGGACUGUGCACCGUCUUCUCCAGCACCCUCCUCUUCGUGUGCGCCCUGUGCGAAGUUGUCGUUGGAUUAAGAUGCGUCUCGUUGGGAUCUACGGUGAGAGCGCAUUUCCACCUCGGCGCCGCGGCCGGGGCUUUCUACUCCGGGCUACUUGUGGGAAUCGGGCAGGUCCUGCUUGGUUCAGCUCUGCUCUUUUGCCUGGAGAAACCCGGCUGCAGGAAUUUCUUUCUCCUCGGUGUUGUGGUCUUCUUGUUGGGUGUCCUCACCGCCUUCUCCGGCGCGGUGGUGGACGGGGACACGGCUUCUCUGGUGGAGAGGAAAUAUUCCCAUUACUGCUUCCACUCUUUGGUUGUGAACCCUGCGUGCGAGCAGCUGAGGGAUUACCAGCGGAGUCUGGUCAUCUCCACUGUUCUCAGCACCUUGGAGUGCGUCCUGGGGCUCAUCAACCUGGUGGUCAUCAAAAGGUACAAAUCAGCGCAGUUCUCUAGGAGCCGACAGUGUCAGAGGGAGCGAGCCGGUGCCAUCAUCUUCAGCGAGGAGAGGGACUGCUCCUCGGUGGAUUUCCAGCCGGUGUCUUACAUCAAUUUGGGUGUUUUUAACGUGUUUGAUGAGACAGGUGCAGAAGUGCAGUGCGGGGGACACCCGUCCAUAGAGCUGCCUGGAUACUCGCCCACAGACCCGGAGCUCAACCUCACCUUCCCUUUCUCUUACCCGCUGCCCACUGAACUACCGCCCGCAUAUGAAGACAUUUUCCCCGCCGAGGCAUGCAACACAUAGCCGCUCCCCUCACCUCUCCUCCCCUCCAGCAGUGCUUUCCUCUGCUGUGACAAUCAAUGACUUUACGCUUAAAACAAUCCUCUCUCUCUCUGUUCACCACUUCUUCCAACAGAAACCAGUAAGUUACACAGGAGGACAGCAGUAAUUCACCUGACUCCUUCUCCUUACAUCUUGCCUGGUUAUAGCUUAUAUUGUGCACCACCUCCACCACCACCACCACCAGAUGUAAAGUGAUACAGGCCCAGACAGUGCAGGCCCAUAAAAAACGCAACAGCUUGCUUAAUAUAACAAAAAGCAGAGUUUGUGUUUUGAAUGUUUGCUGUUAACAUUUUUACUUGUGAAUAAAACAAAAAGUGUAU